GCCGAGACGUCGCCCUCGCAAGGCAGCAGCAUAACAAAAGUUAAUAGAAGGUUACCCACAGACCACUCUGUAAGGGGCGGUAGGAUAUGUCACUGUGCCACACAGCCACAGCGUAUCUCGUACGGAGUGCUAUGGUAUGUCUAAGCCACACAGAUAUCGACGCCACGUUAAGUACGCCACUCAUGAUCAGCUUUCUCCUCGCCAAAGCCGCCAGAUGCGGGUGCUAUUAUUGGCUCUCGGACCAAGUGAAACCACCCAAAAAUGCAACGACAUCGAGUCUUUUUCAGCAAUAAUUCCCUACAGCCAAGAGGGUUUUGUCUGCUCGACUGAUCUUGACUUCGAUGGUCGUGUCUCGUUCCGUCUUCUGUUGCAACAGAACCAAAACCAUGUUCCCUCGCAAGUACCAGCACCAUUAUUGCGUGGUUCCAGGCCCAAGGUCGGUGGCACCCGAGCGAAAAACCCUCCUCUGAUGGGCGUCCAAGAAUGCUUGCGCGUCGCUGAAGGCUUGUUAAGUAUUGUGUUGCCGCCUACACCGAGUGAAUUAAAGGCAAGUCACUCUUUCGCUAUUAACCUCCAUUCCGUUUGUGCAAGUUGCUCGAGACUGUUACUGCACGUCACGCCUAUUUCUGGUACAUUUUUCCACAUCUUGCCACCACUUGACGAGCCUCCUUUCGUAAAUCUCGUCGUCCUUGGAUCUCCCUCUCCAGGGCAUUCAAAAUCAGCGUGCGCGAGUAUCUUCUCGGGCCGAUAGCGCCAAUUGAAUCGAUCGAACGUGCUUCAGUUGCAGCGCCCAAAUAAUACGUCUAGCAUUUUUGACCCAGCAAAGAGGGCAACAGCUUUCUGAACGAAAAAAAUCCUCGAAACCACUGCGGCAAUAAUCAAUCAUGGCCGAUAAAAAUUAUCCUCCGCCGUCAUACCCGCCGCCACAGCAGCAACAACAGAACUCAGCCCAGGGCGGCUUUCAAACGCCCCCGCCGAUGGCUUACAACCCCAACCCGAACCAAUAUCAAAACCAAGCAA